AUGCAAAAAAUCGAACCAUCUCUAAUUUUAAUUCUCUUCAUUCUACUUGUUCACUACAGUGAUGCCAAACCGAUUAACGAGAAAUUCUUCAUGGAUAAAAUGUGUGGCAAUGAAUCCAUCAUUUUCGAUGGUGACUUGAGACCUGGUGGAUGGUUUCAAUUAACAAGCAGUAGUAAAUAUCAGCCUAAUUUCAGUUGUUCGAUUAAAUUUCGUGCUGCUCAACCAACACAACGGUUUGUGGUAACGGUAGAAAAAAUGAAUACUGUUGAUUGUCCGAAAGAUUUAUUACUUAUCUAUGAUAGUUCAACUUUACUUAAUCAAGAUAUUAAACAACAAUGUGGUACACUUGCUUCAUUCAGCUUUACUACCACAACCUCACAAGUAACAUUCACAUUUACCAGUGGUUCAGGAACUAAAUCAAGUGGUUUUCAAGUAGCGAUAGCACUUCACUUCCCAGCGGUUCACACAUGUCCUCAAAAUCUUGGCUUUUUCCUAUGUGGAAAUAAGAACUGUAUCUCGAAACAACUUGAAUGUGAUUCACAUAAUCAUUGCGGUGACGGUACAGAUGAAUAUUCAUGCAGUACGAUUGGAAAAAAAUGA